CUUUUGAGGUCAAAAGCCUGUGUCAUUUGCGCGGUAGCCGGUGGGGUGAGCACUGCAGGUAAGGGCUGGCACGAGGUGGUGCAACGGGGAGCUGACUGUCUUUGACGUCCCGCUGCUCCAGAUCGGGGCGACUCUAGAGCUUUGUUUGCCGGCCCGCUGCCCACAUGGCCCUCAGAGGCUUCUCCGCGCGGCUGCUGAGCUGCCGACCUGGCCUGCGCAUCCUGCGAGCUUUGGGUUCAGCGGCGGCACAGACCGAGAAGAGCGGAAAGACCCUGAGCAGAGCGACCAAGUGUAAGGACCCUUCGUCGCACCUUGCGUCUGCAGCCUUUUCCAACUGUCGGUCUGCCACUGCCUCGCGUGCGGAGUUUGACUGGAAGGACCCACUGGUACUGGAGGAACAGUUGACAGCGGAUGAGAUCCUUAUCAGGGACACCUUCCGAACCUACUGCCAGGAGCGCCUCAUGCCCCGAAUACUGCUGGCCAAUCGCAAUGAAGUUUUUCAUCGGGAGAUCAUUUCAGAGAUGGGGGAACUCGGAGUGCUGGGCCCCACCAUCAAAGGAUAUGGCUGUGCUGGAGUCUCAUCUGUGGCCUAUGGGCUCCUGGCCCGAGAGUUGGAGCGGGUAGAUAGUGGCUACAGGUCAGCAAUGAGUGUCCAGUCCUCCCUCGUCAUGCACCCUAUCUACGCCUAUGGCAGUGAGGAACAGCGGCAGAAGUACCUGCCCCGGCUGGCCACUGGGGAGCUCCUGGGCUGCUUUGGGCUGACAGAGCCCAAUCAUGGGAGUGACCCUGGCAGCAUGGAGACCAGAGCACGCCACAACCCCUCCAGCAAAAGCUACACCCUAAAUGGCGCCAAAACCUGGAUCACCAACUCACCGGUGGCAGACCUAUUUGUGGUAUGGGCUCGGUGUGAAGAUAACUGCAUUCGUGGCUUCCUGUUGGAGAGGGGGAUGCGGGGCCUUUCAUCCCCAAAGAUUGAGGGAAAGUUCUCCCUGCGGGCCUCAGCCACAGGCAUGAUCGUCAUGGAUGGUGUAGAGGUUCCAGAGGAGAAUGUGUUGCCCAAUGCAUCUGGCCUGGCGGGUCCCUUUGGCUGCCUAAACAACGCCCGGUAUGGCAUCUCUUGGGGUGUUCUUGGAGCUGCCGAGUUCUGUUUGCACACCGCUCGGCAGUACACCCUGGACAGGAUCCAAUUUGGCGUCCCUUUGGCAAGGAACCAGCUAAUUCAAAAGAAGCUGGCGGACAUGCUCACUGAGAUCACACUGGGCCUUCAUGCCUGCUUACAGCUUGGCCGCCUGAAGGAUCAAGACAAGGCCACCCCAGAAAUGGUCUCCUUGCUGAAGAGGAAUAACUGUGGGAAAGCCCUGGACAUUGCUCGCCAGGCCCGAGACAUGCUGGGGGGAAAUGGAAUUUCUGAUGAAUAUCAUGUGAUUCGGCACGCCAUGAAUCUAGAGGCUGUGAACACCUAUGAAGGCACUCAUGACAUUCAUGCGCUGAUCCUCGGAAGGGCCAUCACAGGGAUCCAGGCAUUCAUAGCUGGCAAGUGAGCACCCGUCAUCCAGGAGCCUGGAUCAGCCAAGCCCCGAGACCUACACUUAGUCAGGGAGGUGGCAAUUUUUAUGGUGGAAGUGAGAGGCUCAUUUUUAAAUAUCAAAAUUUUCCUUUUGAAGUCAUGCAAAUAUGCUCCCUAAGAAGAUGAGACUAUGUAGACAUUCUCAACUCACUUUUAAUGGUGGAUAGAAAUGGAUUCCAUUUAUCUUGGAGCAGAAACUCCUUUUUACAGGAUGUGAGGAGAGACUAGGAGACACAGAAGCAACCUCUGAGAGAACUACCUGGGCAACACCCACAAGAGUUCCCUGUGUGCCUUUGACCCUUCCGUUUAGGGAGCCAUUUCUUAUGCUUGAUAUUGGAGCAGAAAAAGAGUUAGCGCAAGAAUAAUAAAAAAUCUGCAUGCUUGA